AUGUUGCACUCAUUCAUAAGCCAGGCGAAUGUACUUGUAGAUGGUGCGGGGAAUCCACGUCUCACAGAUUUCGGUCUCGCAACAGUCGUAGGGGACCCAGAGUUACAGUUGGGUACGACAACUGCGGCGCGUGAAUUCAAUGUUCGAUGGCGUGCUCCUGAAGUCAUUGGAGUAGAUCGGAAGGGUCGGCCUGUACGGCCGAAUUUCAAGAGUGAUAUAUAUUCUUUUGGUGGUGUCAUGCUCUUUAUCGUCUCGGGGGAUAUACCAUGGAAAGAGAAGGCACAUCCACAGAUCAUCAUUGAGCUAUCGAAAAGAGCGACUCCUGCUCGUCCCGAUAACAUUUCUGAUGAUCACUGGAACUUGAUUCAAAAAUGUUGGUCUUGGAACUCAGCGGACCGCCUGGAGGCAGCGGAAGUCAUUGGAUGCCUUGCAACGAAAAUCACCAGGCAUGUAGUCUUUAGAUGA